CGGCAGGCGAAGGGCUCCGGGCGGGGGCAGGGACCGGGAAGCGGCGGGGGUCGGUCAGGUGGAGCCCCCAGUCGCACAGCCUCCGCGUGGGCUCCACGGCCCGGCCGGUGGCUCUGCGGCGGCCCUGGGGCGGCGGGCACCGGGGCCCUGAGCGCGCCGACGCCCCGACUCCGGGGCUGAGUUCACAGAGGACCCCGGCCCUGGACCCAGGCUGCCCGGGAACCUGUCCCCAAGCGUCUGUCGUCGUUCUGACGGGAGUGCUUUGCUCCGGGCGGGGGCUUGUUCGUGGGAGGGCUGGCGCGCAGCCCCACAGGUGGUGACAAGGCGACAGGCGCCUCCUUUGAACGCUCCUCGUAAUUCGGCCCAGCCUCCUGUGUGAAGAGCGCCCUGCCGCCGUGGGGACGGAUAACUGCGUGUGCGAUGACGCCUCAGCCUGCAGGCAGCAUCUGGCCGGACGGGCGCGGACGCGGGCACGAAUAGCUCCCGGGGGGCCCAGCGCCUCGCCCGGCAACGGGCGGCUGUGACUGCGUUGUUUUUGCGGAAUGGCACUUCGGAGAGGCACAGUCUUCAGGAUCUAGCGGCGGGGCUCCGCUCUCAUUCGUUUUCUUCAGUACUUUCUUUUAUUGUUCCCAAGGCACUUUCCCCCAUGUUUUCGUGGGAUCAGCCUUUUGUUGAACGGACUCAGACCUGCCUGAGCAUCUUGCUAAGGCACUAAAGGGGGAGGAGGCCAGCCUCCUCGAGCCGUUCGGAUUUCUCUUUCCUUUGUUGGUAAUUCAUUGACAAUUGAUAAUAACAUAGUGUUAUGUUGAUACUGUCCUCAGUGAAGAAAGUAAGGGAAUUAUUUUGUAGAUAUAACUUGUUUUACGUCAGAAUAUGGUUAAAAACUGCCUACCAUAGAUGGUACAGGUUUUUGUUUUUUGUUUUGUUUUUUUGCAGUUUUGGAUGUUAGUGCCAAAUUAUGUCGUGUAGGAAAAGAUAUAUUUGCAAAUUCAAGUUUCAGUUUGACUGUGCUUUCUGCUUAGGGUUACAGAAUAAAUGCCAUAUGAAAAGCAGUUUCAUCUGUCAUGGAAAAACGAGAGACAUUUGUACAAGCGGUGUCUAAGGAGCUGAUUGGAGAAUUUUUGCAGUUUAUUCAACUUGAUAAAGAUGCUUCUGACCCUUUCAGCCUAAAUGAAUUGCUAGAUGAAUUAUCAAGGAAACAGAAAGAAGAGUUAUGGCAAAGGCUCAAGAAUUUAUUAACAGAUGUGCUGUUGGAAAGCCCAGUGGCUGGAUGGCGGAUGGUGGAAGUCCAGGGUGAAGACAAUAUGGAAACAGAGCAGGAUUCAAAAAUGAAGAAAAACCUAGAAAUAAUUCAUGCAAUUACAUCUGUGAUUCUUGCAUCUGUAUCUGUAAUAAAUGAAAGUGAGAACUACGAAGACUUACUGGAAUGUGCAGUCGUGUUAAAUGGUAUUUUAUAUGCGUUACCUGAAUCUGAAAGAAAGCUGCAGAACGCCAUUCAGGAUUUGUGUGUCAUGUGGUGGGAGAAAGGCCUGCCUGCCAAGGAAGAUAUGGGAAAGACUGCUUUUAUCAUGCUAUUAAAGAAGAGUCUGGAGACUAAAACAGGUGUAGACAUAUGUCGGCUUUGGCGUAUUCAUCAAGCUUUGUAUUGCUUUGAUUAUGAUUUAGAGGAAAGUAAAGAAAUUAAAGAUAUGCUGCUUGAGUGUUUCAUAAGUGUUAAGUAUAUCAAGAAAGAAGAGGGAAGAAGAUUUCUUAGUUCUCUCUUCAGUUGGAAUAUACAUUUUAUUAAAAUGAUCCAUGAGACCAUUAAAAACCAGUUACAGGGAUUACCAAAAUCUUUGAUGGUACACAUUGCAGAAAUUUAUUUCAGAGCUUGGAAAAAGGCUUCAGGGAAAAUAUUGGAGACAAUCGAGCACGGGUGCAUCCAGGACUUCAUGCACCAUGGGAUUCACCUCCCGCGCAAGUCUCCGGUGCACUCCAGGGUGCGCGAGGUGCUGAGCUAUUUUCAUCAUCAAAAGAAGGUUCGUCAGGGAGUGGAAGAGAUGCUUUACAGAUUAUAUAAACCCAUCCUUUGGAGAGGACUAAAGGCCCGAAAUUCUGAAGUCCGGUCCAACGCUGCCCUGUUGUUCAUUGAAACAUUUCCUAUCAGAGACCCAAACUUCAAUGCCAUUGAAAUGGAUAGCGAAAUCCAGAAACAGUUUGAAGAACUCUAUAGCCUUUUAGAAGAUCCUUAUCCGAUGGUCCGUUCUACAGGGAUCCUUGGUGUUUGUAAAAUAACUUCCAAAUACUGGGAAAUGAUGCCUCCGACCAUUCUUAUUGAUCUCCUCAAGAAAAUAACUGGGGAAUUGGCAUUUGACACAAGCUCAGCUGACGUGCGCUGUUCUGUCUUUAAGUUUUGGAAAAUAUGCCCCAUGGAGCAUAUUUUGGUUCGUCUGGAAUCAGAUUCCCGGCCUGUGUCUCGACGCCUGGUGAACCUCAUCUUCAACUCUUUCCUGCCUGUGAACCAGCCCGAGGAGGUAUGGUGCGAGCGCUGCGUCACACUGGUCCAGAUGAACCACGCAGCUGCCAGGAAGUUCUAUCAGCACGCCCACGAGCACACGGCCUGCACUAAUAUAGCAAAGCUGAUUCAUGUGAUUCGCCAUUGCUUGAAUGCCUGCAUCCGGAGGGCAGCACAAGAGGGCCACGAGGGCCACGAGGAGAGGGAGAAGGAGAACGUUCUGGACAAAACACUGUCUGUAAGUGAUGUUGCAUCCAUGGCUGGUUUAUUAGAAAUCGUUGUAAUUCUCUGGAAAAGUAUUCAUAGAAGUAUGGAAAAUAACAAAGAAGCCAGAGUUUACACCAUUAACAAGUUUGCCUCUGUGCUCCCUGAGUACCUGAAAGUCUUUAAGGAUGAUCGCUGCAAGAUUCCUUUAUUUAUGCUCAUGUCCUUUAUGCCAGCCUCUGCUGUGCCCGCCUUCAGCUGUGGUGUGAUUUCCACAUUAAGAAACCAAGAGGAAGGAGGAGCAGACAAGCGCUAUUGUACUUUGUUGGACUGUCUCUGCUCCUGGGGACAAGUGGGACACAUUCUGGAACUCGUUUGUGACUGGCUGCCAGAACAGCCCCAGAGCAAGAGUAACUCAGCAUCUAAACGGAAAGUGCAGAUCCAUGAUACACGCCCUGUAAAACCUGAUUUGGCGCUGGUUUACGUAGAGUAUUUGCUCACCCAUCCAAAGAAUCGACAGUGCUUGCUCUCUGCUCCCCGGAAGAAACUUAACCACCUCUUGAAAGCACUUGAAAUGUCAAAGGCAGAUCUGGAAUCAAUUUUGCAGUCGCCAGGUGGGAAACCUCACAACUUUAAUGAAGCGAUGGCUCUGCGAGCCUUCAGCCUCCACUGCCGGCUGAGUAUUCAUCUUCAGCACAAGUUCUGCUCAGAAGGAAAAGUUUACCUGUCCAUUUUGGAAGACACUGGGUUUUGGUUAGAAAACAAAGUUCUAUCUUUUAUCCAAGAUCAAGAAGAAGAAUAUCUCAAGCUUCACAGGGUUGUUUAUCAGCAGAUUAUCCAGACCUACCUGAUGGUGUGUAAAGACGUUGUGAUGGUCGGCCUUGGCGAUUAUAAGUUUCAGAUACAACUUUUACAAUGGAGUCUCGGAAUCAUGCAAACAGUGAAGGGAUUCUUUUAUGUGUCAUUACUUCUUGGCAUUCUGAAAGAGGUAACUGGAAGUUCCUUGAUACAGAAACCAGAUUCAGAUGAAGAAGCUAUGACGCUGUUCGAUACGGUCCAGAAAGUAUUUCAGAAAAUGUUGGAAUGUAUGGCACGGAGCUUCAGGAAGCAGCCGGAAGAAGGCCUACGGCUUCUUUACUCAGUUCAGACCCCUCUUCAUGAAUUUCUAAUGACCGUUCAGUCUUGGCAUGCGGACACGCCCGUGCACCGGGGCGUACUUUCCACUGUGAUCGCUGCAUCUGUGGUGGAGAUAAGUCACCGACUACGCAAGGUUUCUGAUGUAGAAGAGCUCACCCCGCCCGAGGGUCUUUCAGACCUUCCGCCAUUUUCAAGGUGUUUAAUAGGAAUAAUAAUGAAGUCUCCGAUUGUGAUCAGGUCAUUUUUAGAUGAAUUAAAGGCGUGUGUUACUUCUGAUGAUAUUGAAGGCAUUGUGUGUCUCACAGCUGUUAUGCAUAUUAUUUUGGUUAUUAACAAAGGUAAACAGAGAAGUUCAAGAGUGAAGGAUGUUGCAGCCACUGUUCACAGAAAACUGAAGACAUUUAUGGAGAUCACCCUGGAUGAGGACAGCACGGAGAGGUUUCUCUAUGAAUCGUCAUCGAGGACUUUGGGAGCACUUCUGAAUUCAUAACCCACCUAACAUCUUUGGUGGGGUGAGAACAGAGGAAAAGGACUUCGUGAAAAUGAACUGAAUGUGUAUUUUCCUAGUGUUUCUAAUGUUGAUAAUCUGUGUCAUAGGAGUGGGACUUACUUGGGGAGUUAGAAGUAGGAAAUUCAAAGGUUCUUAGGUUUUUGCCUGGUGCCUGCAUGAAUAAUAUAUUUAACGUAAAGGACUCUAGGUAUUAGUGGUGUGGAAACCCGUGGCGCAAAGGGGGAAAAACACUUUUCUAGCAAACUUGGUUGUUUUAAAAAUGACUUUUGUAUGUAUAAUAUUGCUUGAGACUAUGACUAAUAAAAGCAAUGACAACA